AUGAGGAAUGGCCGACGACUGGUGAAGUCGUUCGUCGCUGCACAAAAGCUCGCCAGUCUUAGGAACACACUAUGGAAUAGACAACAAUUGGCCUUCUCCUCAUCCGUCGCCUCUUCAAGCACUCCACCGAUUCAAGAAGAAUCUCAGCCACUAUCCAUCCGCUUCGAAUAUGGACUUCCUCUUCUCGAUGUUCCACUUCCUUCUCGAAACGAGCCGUGUCAAUUCACAAUGCGACCGUUGAGUGAUACAGUUGGAUCACUUUGUAAUUUUCUGCGGCAGGAAGACAAGGGAAUCGACUAUGUGGCCGUUUAUGGAACCAAUGGAGUGAAACUAGCCACAUGCACUUCUAUUGAGCACCUCCUUCAAUUCGGAACGUUCCGUUUGCGCCUUAACGACAAGUUCUUCAAUGUGACAGUACCCAAAACGGGAACGACGCCAUAUGAUAGUGAUAAGCUCCGCCAAUUGGACGACCUCCGAGCCACUGUCGCCUCCCUACACGCUGCUCUCUGUGUCGAUGAGUAUAAGUUGUCCCGUGAAAAGAAGCUUCUCCUCCAACUGGAGAACGCCGAAGCGCUUCUAGCCCCCCUGCACGAAACGAAACGGAAGAUCGAACAGGAGUGUGAAGCUCACACGGAUCGAGUCAUGUGGGCGGGAUUUGCGGCGAUGGGAGUGCAGACUGGUCUAUUCGCGCGGCUAACCUGGUGGGAGUACUCUUGGGAUAUCAUGGAACCUGUAACCUAUUUCGCCACGUAUUCAACAGUUUGUGCAACGUUCGGGUACUACUUGUACACUAAACAGAGCUUUGAAUAUCCAUCAGCUCGUGAACGUGUCUACACCAAACAGUUUUAUCGUCGAGCACAGAAGCAGAACUUUGACAUCGAACGAUACAAUCGUCUGGUAAAUGAAGUGGAGGACCUUCGAAACCAACUGAAACGAAUGCGAGAUCCUCUAUUCCAGCAUCUUCCCGUUAGCUAUUUAUCAAAUUUGGAGACGGAAAAAUAG